AUGGAGGGCGGCGGCGGCGGCAGCGGCGCCUACGGGGCGGCCAAGGCCGGCGGCGCCUUCGACCUGCGGCUCUUCGUGCAGCAGCCGCAGGUGCUGGCGCGGAUCGCCAGCGCGCUCUUCUCCCUCAUCGUGUUCUGCUGCCUCGUGGGCGAGGGCUACACCAACGUGCCCUCCUCGCCCGAGCUCUUCUGCAUCUUCAACCGCAACGAGGACGCCUGCCGCUACGGCAUCGGCAUCGGCGUCCUCGCCUUCCUCGCCUGCCUCUUCUUCUUCAUGGUGGACCUCUACUUCCCGCAGAUCAGCAGCGCUGCCGACCGCAAGUACCUGGUGCUGGCGGACCUGGGCUUCUCAGGGCUCUGGACCUUCCUCUGGUUCGUCGGCUUCUGCUUCCUCACCAACCAGUGGUCAUGGACACUGUCCACGGACGUGCACGUGGGGGCCGACUCGGCGCGCGCCGCCAUCGCCUUCAGCUUCUUCUCCAUCUUCUCGUGGGGGCUGCUCAUCGCCUUCGCCUACCAGCGGUACAAGAUGGGCGUGCAGGACUUUGCGCAGAGCUACGUGGACCCGUCCUCGGAGGCGCCCGGCCCCUACGCCAGCUACCCCAGCGUGAGCCACGACAGCUACCAGCAGCCGCCCUUCACCCAGGCCAACGAGGCCUCCGAGGGCUACCAGCCGCCGCCCGUGUACUGAGCCCCGCGCCGCCCAAGUGCAAUUUUCUUUCUCGGAGUGGGAAGGGGGGGGCUGUGACUUGAAUGGGGCAGAGGGUGGGGGCUGCUUUGUGUGAAACCCCUGGCUUUGGUGCUGGUGCUCCGGGCCCCGCGUGCUGCGGUGUCCACGUGCUCCGGGCUCCAGGCAGGCUCUGCGCUCUGCCCCGCUCCCGCCCCGGCUCCCUCCCUUUGCGCUGCCCGGGAAGCGGCCGCGGGAGGAGGCAGCCCGAGGCUGUGCUCCCCCCGGCUGCCGCCGGGGCCCGGCCCUCGUGACUGCUGCCCUGUCCUCACACUGUUGCCUUUGCCAGCCCCGCUGGCCUCCGCUGCCCAAGUGCCGCCUUGCGCUUGGCACCGGGCGCCUCGCA